CGCCUGGCUAUGGAUCGAUGACAAAUGCCUCUGACAAUAAGCAAUCAUAUAAACCACCAGCCCCUCGAACAGGGGGUUAUUGAAUCUCACACUUCAAAACUUCCCAAGAAUUUUACCUACAAGUCAAGCUCACGUUACCAUGUCGUCCUCCGCCCCGUCAUUCCGCAGCCUCAUCGGUCUCCCUCCCUCGACGGCCUCCGUCCAAGACUCUACGCUCAUCAUCGUCGAUGCCCAGAAUGAAUACGCCUCGGGCCUUUUGCAAGUCAAACAUGUCGACGCCAGCCGCAAGGCCAUCGCUGAGCUCCUCUCCCGCUACCGGCACAACGGAGACGGCAAGAAUAUCGUCCACGUGGUCCACCAAGUGCCCGCAGGCGCGCCGGUGUUCACCCCCGACACGGCACUAGCAGAGGAGUUCGCCGAGCUUACGCCCAACGCGGGAGAAAAGGUCGUGAAGAAGCAGCACCCGAACGCGUUUGGCCAGACCGAUCUGCACGAGUAUCUGGGCGGCUUGGGGGCGCGGGGUAAGAAGAUCGUCCUGGUCGGAUACAUGGCGCAUAUCUGCAUCUCGACUACUGCUCGAGCCGGGAGUGAACUGGGGUAUGAUAUUGUCGUUGCGCAGGAUGGGGUUGGGGAUCGUGAUAUCCCUGGUGUUGAUGCUGACCAGCUGGUCGCGGUGGUGAUGAAGGAGCUGGCUGAUGGGUUUGGUACGGUGGUGUCUGUUGCGGAUAUUUCUGCUUAGGGUUCUAUAUCAUGUACUGUACUGUGAUUGUUUAUACGCCAGAGAUAGGAUAAUACAUCGUGGACAGUGUCUAUCGAAU